CACACGUCACAAGUAUUUUUCUCUCCAUAAUAGAAUUUGGUGUUUUCGUGUUUGCAAAAUUUAGAGAAAGAAAGAAGAACGUUCGAUAGAUUUAAAAAAAUCCACACGUGUGGAUAUCAAUUAAUUGUUAUAAAUUAAAACUGGACUUAUAAAAUAUAUGUGAAUUAAAAGGCCAUACGAAUUGAAAGGCUCCUAAAGUUAAUACUCCUAGGGAAGCCUUUGUUGGGAGCAGAGCAAAGUAGCAGAGGCAGCAGCAGCAGCUUACAUAGAAAAUUAAUCAGCAAUCAAUUUUCCUUUGUAUUGCUGCCAACAAAAAAGAAGAAAAAAAGCACACACACCUAAGAGGAAAAGGACCGUCUGCUCCUAAGAUCCAGCUCAAGCACCGCCAUCAUCCAUAGAGCCAAAUAAAAAAUGUCGGGAGAAGAAACAUCAGCUGACCGUAAUGUGGAGAUAUGGAAGAUUAAGAAACUAAUUAAAAGUCUGGAAAUGGCUAGAGGCAAUGGGACCAGCAUGAUAUCCUUAAUAAUACCGCCCAAGGAUCAAAUUUCGCGAGUCAGCAAAAUGUUGGCUGAUGAAUUUGGAACCGCGUCAAACAUUAAGUCUCGCGUAAAUCGUCUUUCAGUUUUAGGUGCUAUUACCUCGGUACAGCAUAGAUUAAAAUUGUAUACCAAAGUGCCUCCUAAUGGUUUGGUCAUUUAUUGUGGUACAAUUGUCACCGAGGAAGGCAAAGAGAAGAAGGUCAACAUCGAUUUUGAGCCUUUCAAGCCCAUUAACACUUCAUUGUAUCUGUGCGACAAUAAGUUCCAUACUGAAGCUUUGACAGCUCUUCUGGCUGAUGACAAUAAAUUUGGCUUUAUUGUUAUGGAUGGUAAUGGGGCUUUGUUUGGCACAUUGCAGGGCAAUACACGAGAAGUUCUACACAAAUUCACCGUUGACUUGCCGAAGAAGCACGGGCGUGGUGGUCAAUCAGCAUUGCGUUUUGCUCGUCUGCGCAUGGAGAAACGUCAUAAUUAUGUGCGAAAAGUCGCUGAGGUAGCCACGCAGUUGUUCAUAACCAACGAUAAGCCAAAUAUUGCUGGUCUUAUAUUAGCCGGUAGUGCCGAUUUUAAAACUGAACUGAGUCAAUCGGAUAUGUUCGAUCCGAGAUUACAAUCGAAAAUAAUCAAACUUGUGGAUGUCUCAUAUGGCGGUGAGAAUGGUUUCAAUCAGGCUAUUGAAUUGGCCGCUGAAUCGCUGCAAAAUGUUAAAUUUAUACAGGAGAAAAAAUUAAUUGGCCGUUACUUUGAUGAAAUUUCUCAGGAUACGGGCAAAUAUUGUUUUGGUGUUGAAGAUACGUUGCGUGCUUUAGAAUUGGGCUCUGUUGAGACAUUGAUAUGUUGGGAGAAUUUGGAUAUCCAAAGAUAUGUCUUGAAAAAUCAUGCAAAUUCAACGGCAACCACGGUAUUGCAUUUAACGCCGGAACAAGAAAAGGACAAGUCGCAUUUUACGGAUAAAGAGACUGGUGUUGAAAUGGAGCUUAUUGAAUCACAGCCUCUAUUGGAAUGGCUGGCGAACAAUUAUAAAAUGUUUGGGGCCACGCUCGAAAUUAUUACCGACAAAUCCCAGGAGGGAAGUCAAUUUGUGCGUGGCUUUGGUGGUAUAGGAGGAAUUUUACGAUAUAAAGUUGACUUUCAAUCAUUGCAAGCCGAUGAACCAUUGGAAGAUGUUGAUCUUGACGAUUAUUAAAUCUGUUAAUACGUACCACAAUAUAUAUAUUAUGAUGAUGAUGAUGAUGACGAUGGCGAUUAAGUCGAAUGAAGCAGCUUGUUUGAAUAACUUAAUGAUGAUAUCUUGCAGUCCAAGUCCAAUAAAGAAAAAAUUUGUCAUUGACCAAAAACUAAUAAAAACAAAAACAUCUCAGUGACACUAUAAUGUCUA